GGUACCUGUAAGAAUAUCAGCUUCAUGUAUGUGUUUAGCGUCUGGUGAAGUAGUAUAAAACCUACAGUGAAACGUACAGUGUACACGCCACUUCUGCUACAUCCAGAAUCAUUCUAGCACCAAGUUCACUCACCAGUGUUCAACACCAACAACCUCUUGUAAAAUGGCACAGCUCAUUCCUAUCGUCAACCCCACUUGGGUGUUUGAAGAUCGCACACAGACGAUCUACGCAGCUGCAGAUAUUCCCAAUAGCGAGCUGAUGGUGACCUCUUCUGAGGACAGGAAGGUCCGUCUUUGGGACUUGAAGACAGGUCAAGUAUUGAAGCAGUUGGCGGGGCACACCGGUGAUGUGAUGGGAUUGGCGGUAUCAAGAGAUGGGGAAUUGAUAGCGACUGGUGACGAGAACGGCGAACUCAUCGCCUGGCAGGCGAAAACUGGGGAGUCUCUCGCCAAAGUUUCCAAAGCCCACAGCAGUGCGGUCCGUUCCCUGGACUUUUCACCCGAUGGUGCAUUCGUCAUUACCGCGUCAACGGCACGCAACGACCAAACAGUCAAGGUUUGGAACACCCACAAUUGGGAGUCAGAAGGAUAUUUCGCCUGCGGUAAUACUGUCCGCUGCGUUCGGUAUGCGCGGUCCAGCGUACAUACGUUUGCAGUGGCAACAGAUCAAGACAUCCAAAUUUACACCGACGGCAAACUCCAAAUGACGUUGAAUCACAGUCGCGGUACUCGAUCACUCGCCUGGUCUCCUGAUGCCAAGCGCCUUCUUUCGGGAGGAGAUGAUGGAGAUUCCAAUAUAAGGGAGUGGGAUACAUCGAGCUGGACGCAGGUCGGUGAACCAUGGACGGGUCACAUGUACAAAAUCAACACCAUCGCCGUUCAUUCUGCUGGCAUGCAUGCAGUUUCCGCCUCUAGCGACAACUCUGUUUGUCUCUGGCAGCUCUCCGAUAAACAAACCGUUGCCAUCUUCCAGCACACUUCUUCUGUCAUUUGCGCAGCCUUCUCCGCGUAUGGCGCACACAUCCUUAGUGGAGGUCAUGAUAAGAAAGUCUCGGUAUGGGCAGCACCCGUGGGUACUUUGCCAGUACUAGAAACUCCCGACUUUUACUUGAAGGAAGUCGUGACAAUGGUUCCAGGCUCUGAAUAUGUAGUUCAAGAGUCUACUGUCACUCAAGGAAGCCCCACUUCCACCUCUCAAUUGCAGCAAUUGUCUUCGACAACUUUCCAGUUGCAGCCACUUUCAAUUGUCGUACCGCCUCUCCCCACGGUCGAGAUUACCAAGGUCCAACAGUCUCUUGAGAACGGGCAGUUAUCUGAAUCUGUCCGCACUGAACAAUCUCAAAUUUCCCAUGCCGAACAGUCUCUUUUCAACUCCCAGCAAUCUCUGUCCAGUGCAGCAACAUCUGUUACAGGGUCUGGACAGUCUGUUCUAAGUGGCGGGCAGACACUCGUAGUAUCUGAGUCAGUGACUGCAAGCUCGGAAUCCAGUUCUCAGCAGUCAGUUUCGACGACUGCAAGCUCGGAAUCCAGUUCUCAGCAAUCGUCUUUGACGACUGUCCGCUCGCAGUCCGUUUUGCAAGCCGAACCGCCUAUCACCGAACAAUAUCAAAUUUCCAAGGUCGAUCAGCCUCUGUCUAGUGCAGCAACAUAUGUUACAGGGUCUGGACAGUCUGUUCUAAGUGGCGGACAGACACUCGUAGUAUCUGAGUCGGUGACUCGAAGUCCCUAUUCCACAUCUGUGCAGCCUGUUUUGACGACUGCAGACUCCAAUCUCAGGCUUCAGCAGUCAGUUUUGACGACCGCAAGCUCUGAAUCCAGUUCUCAGCAACCGACUUUGACGACUGUCCGCUCGCAGGCCGAAACGCCUAUCACCACGGUUGAACAGACUAUUUUACGGGCUGGGCAGCCUGUUUCAAAGGUUGAACAAUAUCAAAUUUCUAAGGCCGAUCAGUCUCUGUCUAGUGCAGCAACUGUUACAGGGUCUGAACAGUCUGUUCUAAGUGCCAGCGGACAGACACUUGUAACAUCUAAUCCAGUGACCGGAGGCAUCUAUUCCAAGUCUCUGCAGCCUGUUUUGACGACUGGAACCUUUGAUCCCAACCUUCAGCAGUCAGUUUUGACGACCGCAAGCUCCGAUCCCAGGUCUCAGCAAUCGUCUGUGACGACUGUCCAGUUGCAGCCUGUUUUGCAGGCCGAACAGCCUAUCACCAUGGUUGAACAAUAUCAAAUUUCCAAGGUCGAUCAGCCUCUGUCCAGUGCAGCAACAUAUGCUACAACUGAACAGUCUGUUCUAAGUGGCGGACAGACACUUAUGACAUCUAAUCCGGUGACUGGAGGCAUCUAUUCCAAGUCUCUGCAGCCUGUUUUGAUGACUGGAAGCUUGGAUCCCAGCCUCCAGCAGUCAGUUUUGACGACCUCAAGCUCCGAUCCCAGGUCUCAGCAAUUGUCUUUGACAACUGUCCACUCGCAGCCUGUUCUGGAGGCCGAGCAGCCUAUCAUCAAGGUCGACCAGUCUGCCUUCAAGGAGGAAUACAUGUCCAACAAGGUAGAUGUUUCCAAGAUGGAGCGGGUUGUUUUAAGGAAAACAUUUGACAUCGCCACGGCUGAGUUCCUUGCUAUCACCAAGACCACCUGUGCUGCAUCAAUCGCAGGGUAUUUGGCUACCGCUGAAAGGAUCCUCACUCAAGAGAUUGCUGCUGACACCAAGAACUUUGCCUCCUAUGCCAACCGCUCUUUCAUUCUGUCAUGCAAACUCAACUGGGACAAUGCACUUCGGGAUGCAACCAGGUCCCUUGUCAUAAGGACAUCAUUGGCCGGUUAUAUCGCCAAGGGUAUCGCUCUCUGCGGAAAGCAGCGCCUCAAUGACGCAAGGACAGCCUUUGACUUGGGAUUCACGUUUACUCAGGGAAACACAGAUGCUACUGUCUUCCUUUACUUGAUCAAGGCACGUUGUUUGUUCGUCUUGCAUACUCUGUGCCUCAUCAUAUUCCAGGCUAUUGCGCUCUUCAAUGCCAAUAGACACGACGAGGCCAUGCUUUGUGUGAAUCAGCUGGCUUCUACCGAUUCCAUUGCUUGUAGUGUCUUUAUGGCGAGUCUGCGACUCCAACUAGGAAUUAUUGCCUUCAAUGGUGCACGUCAUGAUGAGGUGGUCGAGCACUUCAGUGUCGCUGUCAAGGGUAGCACUUUCUUGGCUAAAUCCCUCAUUCGAGCCCCUUCAGUGACAAAUUCCGUAUUAUACGGGCCACCCGACCUACAUAAUAUCCCGUAUGAGACGGGCCAGCGGAUUAUGGGCCCAUGUUGUGUAUAUUCUCGAUGAUGACAGAUGGGCCGGGACACAUAUUAUUUCCAAUGGAGACGGGUGGGCCCAUGUAUGCCAAUGAUAUAUAUAUCCUUGAUGUUGACGGAUGGGCCGGGGGAAUAUGAUCAUUCAUGGAGAUGGGUGGGCCCAUCAGGGUAAUAUGUAGAGUAGGAUAUUAUAGACAGCUGGGCUGAAGAGAGAUGUAAGGCAAAUAUUGUUAUAUAGACGGGCGGGCCGACGGGGGUGUAUUACAUAUAUGGGUGGGCUGAGGUAGGGGAAUAUUACAUAGAUGGGUGGGCUGACGCGGGGUGUAUUACAUAUACAGGUGGGCCGACAUAAAAAGUAUUACAUAUACGGGUGGGCCGACGAAAGGGAUAUCAAAUAGACGGGUG